AUGUCGCCAGCGCACGAUCGCCUGUCGGAGGCAGGCGCCGAGGCCGUACGGCCUGCGCCUGCCGAGACAACGUCCCGCCCUGUGAGUACGAGUGCUAGCAACGUCCCUUCCUCGUCGACCUCCGACGCGGCAGACGAUUUCCUCGCGCGAGCUCAGGCGCUAGGCCUGAAACUCAGUCGGACUGACUACGAACGUACACGCGCUGGCGUGGCUGCGUUCUUGAAAGCGGAACGCUUGCCGUCCGGCUCACCUUGUCCUGAUAGCUCCGAGGAGAAUGUACGGCGCCCAGAACGGGCUCCUUCGCCGUCGCCUGGUGACGCAGAGCCAGCCCCACAGCUCUCCCGAUGGCUUCGUACGACGAGUGGCCAAAUUUCUUUCUUCACGGCUGUGGUGCACCCCAUGUCAGGCGCGAGCGAUGAGCCACGAACACGGCUCAGCCUGGACGAGGUCGGCAGUGCGGAAGAAAAGCGACGGCGUCGGCAGCGACGUCGGCGGCUUCUAGAGAAGCAAAUGAUGCUUGAAUGCGGUGGUGUAGCGCCGUUGGAGGCCGCAUCACCAGCGCUGACCGAGCCAUCGUCGCCGGCGCGCACGAUCCGUGCGGCGUCCAUUGCGAGCGACUAUGGCGAGCCUGAGUCGCCCAAGUCCGGUGUGGCACGUAGCAGUACCCCUCCACGCUGGCGUCUUGCUACGCCGAGCAUGUCAGAGGACCCUGCUACGUCACGUACGUCGCCACCCGGUACGCCUGAUGCACACGUACUCAAUCGCAUGGCUCGUGUGGAUGCGGAUGGAAAGCUAUGGCUCGCGCCGCGGCCCACGACACAUUCGGACGAAUGGACAGAGCCACGCAGUGAAGAUUCGUGGGCCGCUACGGCAGACGAUUCGCAGCCGAGUAUCGACGAGGCGGGCGACGUGUCCGACAGUACGUCCCUGGGCUGGGGUCCGCGGCCUGGCGCGCGGCCUGCCUUGACGGACAACUUGAAUGCCUGCAUGAAAAGUAUGAGCUUGCUUGAUCGAAUCAUGCUGAGCAAAACCAGUCCACGACGAGCUCGGCGUGAGGCCAAGGCGCGUGCGCGGCGCGCCAGUGGUGACGAGGCUUACACGACUGACCUGGAUUUGUAUGCGUACGACCAGUUCGAUGGUGCAGAGACGUCGCGGGAUGCAAGUAUGAUGAGCUGGGCGGAUGUCUCUACCGACUCGCUGGAUGCCCCUGAGUCGUCGCGCGAUGCUAUGCGGCCCAGUCACAGUCGGCAACCUAGCGCCUCGAUGCGUUGGUCGGCCAAUACACUGACGCCUCGUCGUCCUCCGUCGCGGGAGGAGGCGGCCGUAUCGCCCCUCACCGCCAUCACGCCGCUCUCGCGCUACGACCCAGGUACGCAAAUCACGCCGAUGCGGUAUUCGCCGAGCUUGGGCUACGAUUGCGCGCCAUCGCGCACAGCACCACUGGCCUUCUCGCCGAACAUGCUUACGCCAUGGACGCACCAAGGCCGUCUUAUGUCGAAUGCUGGCCUCUCAAACUUGCCGAGCUCGCCGUUCAUUACCGACGGCAGCGGCGCCCACCCCCUCGCGUCGUCCACAGCCACCGUGCGUGGCUCGCACUUUGCAUUAUCGUCAACGCCGCUCUCUCACUUGCCUCCGCCCAGUGCCGAUGUAAGCACCUCGUCGCCUUCGCGCCUGCAAUGCAUUGAAUCGUUCCCGGGCCGCUCGCCCCUAGCGCGGCCCUUGGAAUCGCCUACGCGACGUGCCCACUGGCCCAGUCCCUUGACCGACAAGAGCAGCACGCGUGGCCAGUCGCUGGCGCAGGCCAGUCCGACCAAAUCGGCGCCAGCGCCCACGCCCUUGUCGUCGUUAUGGACGUCCAUGCCGCCUGUCGAGGCACGGACGCCGUUCCGGCGGACCGAUACAAUCCGGCCUGCGGAUAUCUUCGGCACGGCGCCGCCGGCGAGUCGCGCGAGUGUGGCGAUGCUCGGUCCUUCGCCAGAGGUGAGUACACCCACUGCCGCCGCCUCGACUACGGCGUCCGAUUCUCCGCCGGAGAGUGAGGUGGACGAGAUGAGCACCCCAACGUCGCCGGAUCGCCGGACGCGGCAUGGCUUACCGCGCGUCCGAAUGCCGCGGCGUAAGAGCACCAUGGCGCGCUCCGCCUCGGCCGCUGUGAUUAUGACGCCGACGCACAGCAACGAUGUGUUUACGCAUACCUCUGAGACCACGCCUUCGUUCAAAGACGUAUUUCGCGAUGCCGUGCCACCCAGCGAUUCCAAGCAGACUGAAUGGGAUCAGCCGGACGGCAGCCGCAUUGUCAAGCUUGUCUCGGAGGAAUUGCAAGCCGCCCUGGAAUCGGGCACGCUCGAACAGGAGCCGGAGCCACGCUACUUCCGCCUGCCGCCUGGGCAUGGCACAUGCAAAACAAAGCCCUCGUCUGUAUCGUAUGCAGGUCUCAUUGGGCAGGCGAUUUUGUCGUCGUCGGACGGUCGUCUGAGUCUCGCGGAGAUCUAUACGUGGAUUUCGUCAGUGUACCCCUUUUAUGAAAGGGGCGAUCGCGGCUGGCAAAACAGUAUUCGGCACAAUCUCAGCUUGAACAAGAGCUUUGUCAAGCUGGAGCGUGAGUCGAGUAUCCCAGGCAAGGGUGGCUGGUGGGCCAUUGAGCCUGGGCAUGAGCACCGCUUCCAGAACGGACUGUAUUUGCCGAAUGGCCAGCGUGCCGAGGCGCCGACGGCCACGCCGCUCGCGCCCGCGCCCUCGAAAGCCCCUGCACCUCUUCCGGCCUCGGCCACGUCGCAUCGACCUUUCCGUCCGACGCAGUCGGCCCCGGCGCAAGUGCUGGACGAGCGGCCGCGCAAGAAACGGAUUCCCUUGGGCCCUCAUGAUCCCAAUGCCAUCAUGGACGAUGGAGAGAUCUCGGAUGCAAGUCAGUCGUUCAAGCGGCCCAAGACAUCCAAGCCUAUGCGCUUCGCCCCUAUGCGUGUGACCAACGAGCUUCCCACCAGCCCGGUCUCCAGCUCGCCUCUCGGCGCGUCGUCGCAGGAGAAGGCCGAGUCGGAGAGCUUCGAUACGUCCGCCUCAACUUCUCGCUCUUUCUUAGCUACGCCCGGAUCCGGGGCCAUGCACAUGCCUCAUCCUAUGCACACCAUCUCUGCGACACGCACCAGUCCAUCCACCGCGGUUCGGCGGGCCUCCUCCUCGUCUAUGCUGGAGAUGCCUUCAUUGCAUCCUAUGUACAUGCGUUCGUCGGCCAAUGGGCUACCUGACUAUGGCAUGAUGUAUAUGGGCCUGCAUGAGAACGCGGCCGUCCCGACAGACUACCCUAUGCCGAUGUCUUCCUCGCCCCACAAGCGCGGCCCUGCUGGCGCAGCGCCGCUCACAGCGAUGCCAGGCAGUGGCCAUGGCAGCGGUAUGCCGUUGGCCUAUACGAACUUGCAAGCGCAUGUGCCGAUGGUACCUGCCGCACCCUUUGCCUCGUACGCCCCGGACCAAGCCAUGCCGACGUCAUGGCCUGACGCUGUGCCGUUGGAUAUGAAGCGGACAGACACCUCCGCUUGGUAG